CUGUCCACUAUCUGGACUUACAAAUAUUUCAGCACAAAGGACGCACAAGCUUGGGCAUCAGCCAGGCUCCAACACGGACGAGACAUUUUGUGCUGAAACUGAAACUGAAACUGGAAAGUUCCCAGAUAAAUCUGUUGACUCUCAUCUGUUUGAUCAGAGGACAUACACCAGUUCGAUUCUUCAACCCAAAAUUAUGAAGUCUCGUCAACCCAGCUGCACUGACUCUGGAUCUGAGUCCUCAGAACCGGAUUCCAAAAAGCCAGAGAAAUAUGAGACCGCCACGAGGCGACGGAUGGCUGCUAAUGCCAGAGAGAGGAAGAGGAUGCAGGGUUUAAACACAGCCUUUGAUCGGUUGCGGAAGGUGGUCCCCCAGUGGGGCCAGGACAAAAAACUGUCCAAGUAUGAAACUCUGCAGAUGGCCCUCAGCUACAUCAUGGCCCUAAACCGGAUCCUGACAGACGCCAGGAGGCACAAUGCUCCUCACAGGCAGUGGUUGGACCUGCAGUUUGACUGUGUGCAGCCUGAAAACUACCAGUGCCUCAUGAGGUAUGACUCUCCGGCUGGACAGGAGUACCUCCACUCGUCGUUCUCAUAUCAGUUCGACGGCCAUCAGGUCCACGCAUAAACUUUUGCCAUGUGGUAAAUAAUCAGUCAUGUUGUUGGAUGUGUGAGACAAUGUGAAUAUUUUUCCUUCAAUCUAGGAGACAGUAAAUACAAUUGUAUUACAUUAUUUUCUUUCUGUAUUUAUCGUGUUUUGUAUGACAAUCAGAGAGGCUUCAACUUGAAGUCUUAUUUUCAUGUUUUGCUAGGAAAACCAGCAAAUGUUGAGCAUCGUUUUGUUG